AUGCUCGGCGUCGGCUCUCCGGAUGCCCAGCUGAGGGUAGCUCCUGUCAGAACCCCCACCCACUGUCUGAUGCAGUCGCUAUGUGGUUUCCUGAUCUAUAAAGGUCAGAUUGCCUGUGGUGAAAGCUUAGGAAGCCCUGGCAAGGCUGAAUAUGGAGAAAAAUUCUAUCGCCUGUACAACAUGGCAGUCUCCACUAAAGCCGAUCUUCACGCCGUUCUCGAAGCUGCAGGGCGCGACAACUACCACGUAAUCGCCUUGCAGGAAAUUAAGACCAGGAAGACGGACGUGAGUCAGGUGAGUGAUGGCACACUCAUCAAUCGUGGUGAAAAGGUUCCAUCACGGAACGUUGGAGGCGUUCGAUUUGUCGUACACCCAUCUGUUGUCCAUCUUUUCGAUUCGCAUGAGAUCCUAUCACCUCGCCUGGCUAUCCUUCGACUUCGUCCUCUGCACCGGAAAGCCAACUUGAUGCUUUUUAUGAGGAUUUGGAGGAAGUCAUCCGCAAAGAAAACUCCUUCUAUAAGUUCGUCGGUGUCAAUGCGAAAAUCGGGAUACCAGAAGAAGGGGAGCACAGGAUCGGGAGAUUUGGAUCAGGACUCCGGAAUGAGAAUAACACCGGUGGUGGACACGGAAGUCACCCAACAGUACGUACGAGAUCGCAGAUGGUGCUCACUAGAUUCCCAGUGGUACCAUCCUUCAGCGGUGGCUCAGAUCAUUGCCUCCUUCGAGCAAAAGUGUGAUUCAGCCGAAAGCUGGAAAAGAAGGUCUGCCCCCAUGUUGGAGGAAGGAGAGAAGUCGUAUAUGACGGCUGGAAGAGCUCCUGACCUCUUAUGA